AUGAACUUGUCUUCAUCUUCUUCCCAGUUAACUGCUAAUUUUGACAAGUUAAAUAGUUUUCCGCACCCACUUGAAUGCUUGCAAGGGAACCCGGUUCCGGCGUUCCUGUCCAAGACUUUCGACCUCGUCAACGAUCCGUCGCUGGAUCUGAUCAUGUCCUGGGGCUCCAGCACUGUUAGCUUCGUGGUGUGGAAUCCUACCCUGUUUGCAAGACACGUCUUGCCAAAGAAUUUCAAGCAUAACAAUUUCUCCAGUUUUGUUCGCUAGUUAAAUACCUAUGUGGGUACUUUAUGUAUUUUUAUUUUUAUUUUUUAUGUUUCUAUUGUA